CCUCAAUUAUUUAUAUAGAAGCCCGUGUGUUUCAUUCAGAACUAGUCUCCCAACAGAAAUACACAAGCAACAAACUUGCUGCAAUAUAUUCCUGCUAUAGAUAUAUAUAUAUCGCUAGUUUGGUCACCACAGUCAUAACAACAAGCAGCACCAAUAUCUCUGUCUGAUUUCUACUUCUCUCACUUAAUUUACUAAAGUACUGAAUAUUUAAAGUUAAAUCUCAUACAAUAAUUGUGAAUUACAAAAUCAAUCAAUACCUAUUCAGCCACUCCGACACACACCAUGUUGUCAGGAAUUGCUGAUGGCACCUGUCCCCAAGCAGAAAAAUCUGUUGACAAUGAAGCAAGCAUGGAGACAUUUCAGAGCUUAUUCUUGACGAAGGAAUUGUUAUACCUGUGUUUGUGUUCUCUUGCAUUGGAAUUGCCCCAGACUAAGGCCAAGUUGUGUCUUAUGAUCAAAUUAACUGCCGUUUUGGCCAUAUACUGGCUAUCAAACAGUUUGUUGCCCCAACAAAGACACAUAAGGCAUCUUAUUAUAGCCGGCCUUAUUCUACUGCUAAUUAACAGGAAUAUAAGGAAAUUGUUGCUGAACAUUAACAAGAAAGCGAUACUUGUAACAGGUUGUGAUCAGGGAUUUGGCCACGGGCUUGCAGUGAGACUUGACAAGCUGGGAUUCAUUGUGUUUGCAGGAUGUUUGUACAAAGAUGGUGAAGGUGCCUGUUCAUUGCAGAAAAAGUGUUCUACCAGACUUCAUGUCUUGCAGCUUGAUGUCUCAGAUUGCAACCAAGUUGAGAAUGCAUUUGAAAAGAUUAAAGACAUUUUAGGAGAAGAAUCUUUGUGGGGAUUAGUUAACAAUGCUGGAAUUUGCUACAUAGGCAAUUCAGAAAUAAUAUCCACAGAUGAUUCACUUAAGAUUAUGGAUGUCAACUUUCGAGGGCCAUUCUUGUUGUGCCGCAAGUUCCUUCCUUUACUCCGCAGAAGUCAAGGUCGGAUUGUCAAUGUAUCAAGUAAUGCUGGAUUAGCUCCAGUAGCUUUGAUGGGUGCGUACUGCUGCUCAAAAUCUGCUCUCCUCAUGUUGUCAGAAGUUCUCCGUGCUGAGAAUGAACGAUGGGGAGUGAAGGUGUCUACAAUUGUACCCAGUGGUUAUAAGACAGGUAUAAUUUCUUAUGACAAAGUUAAAAUGGCUCAAAAAUGGUGGCAGCAAGCACCAAAGCAAGUACAGGAAGAUUUUGGGAGAGAAGGAUUUUUUAUCAACACAAAAUAUACUGACAGCACAUUAUCCAGUGACUUCUCUCCAGUAUAUGAAGCUAUGAUUGAUGGCCUGCUUUCACCAGAACCCAAACAAAUUUACUACAGAGGCUUUCUAUCACGCUUGAUACCUUUUCUCUACUCACAUCUACCUUAUUGCUUAUGGGAACCAAUUGCAGGUAUUCUCACUGAAUGGUUUGUGUUUAAACCAGCAUAUAACCCAAAAUGAAGGAGUUGGGGAUAGUUUUAACUAAAUGGCUUGAAAUUAAAUUAAAAAAAAAGAAGCUAUCUAAAGAAAAAAAGUAUCACAAUUGGAAUGCAAAUAAAGAAUGUAUAAUGAGGAAAAAUCUGAUGAUGAACAAUUCUUUUGAUUCAAAUAUCUUUGUCAUUUGCGAAAUUGCAACAUUCUGAUACUUUUAUUGUUUAGGGACAUCGCUCAUGUUGAAUAUCCGAUGUAUAUCACCGUUCAUCUCAUACGGAAUGUCAUACUGUGUAACAUAGUAUAGUGUACAUCAUACAUCUUGCUAUUCACCAUAAUGUACAUCAAAUGAUAGUUUUUUUUCUGUACACCUUGUGACACAUCAUCAUGUAUGUCAUAGUGUACAUCACACAGUACAUCAUAUGACAUAUCAUAGUGUACAUAAUAGUGUACAUCAUAAUGUACAUCUUACUGUACAUUCUAAAGUAUAUCACAGUGUAUAUCAUGAUGUACAUCAUAGCGUAAACCAGUCUAAUAUUGUGUUUUCGUCCAAGAGAGGAAAGUUUAUUAUUCUGAUCAUUUUGCCCUUUCAUAAAAUAUUUAUUUUGUCUGCUAUCCUGCCUACAUGUAUUAUUAUUUAUUGUAAUAUAUUUUCAAACUGUAUUUUUCUAAUGUUUUCAAUCUCAUGUUUGUACUUCCCUGCUGAAAAAAUAUUUUAAAACAAACUUGUUAUCUUGUUCUUGCCCACAUUAUUUUAAGAUGUUUAAACCUUGAAGUAUUUUUUUGUGGCAGAACAAUCUUCUUACAUGACUUCAGCAUUGGUGGUCUUCGUUUUUGUGAAGAAAUUGUGUCAAAUACUUGUGUUUUUUUUUCCAGUCCGGUGACUACUUGUAAUUACUUAAACAAAUGCAAUAUAUCUACAUAAAGAAAUAAAGUUUAAUGAUAAACAAAGGAAUUUUUGGCUAA